UAAAAGCAUCCUUUUCCAUCCAAGGUUGUUACAGCCUCCCUCUCUAAGAAAUGGCUGUAACAGACUUCUUCGCCGGCGAGAUCGCUACCGAGCUCCUCAAACAGCUCCUCGUCAUCGCCCGCAAAUCGGUGUCGUGCCGCUCCAGCGCCGAGCAGCUCAUCGCCUACAUCCGCGACCUUCUCCCUAUCAUCGAAGAGAUCAAGCUAACCGGCAACGAGCUCCCUCAGCACCGCCAGCGUCACCUCGACAACUUCUCCCAAACCCUCUCCGGCGGCCUCGAGCUCACCAACAAAGUCCUCUCCUCCCCUCGCUGGAACUUCUACCGCAACAUCCGCUUAGCCCAGAAGAUGGAGAAGUUGGAGAAGAACGUAUCCCGAUUCAUGGAGGGGCCUAUUCAGCUUCACGUGCUGGCGGACGUGCAUCACACGAGGAUGGAUAUGGCGGAGAGGUUUGAUCAGCUGAAUUGGAAGCUGGGGGCGAUGAAGAUCGGAGUCAACGGAGACGGAGGGUGCUUGGGCGCGGCGGUGAAGAGGGUGGAGGAGGAAGAGAGGUGGUGCGAGGACAAUUUGGUCAAUUUGGGCUGCACGGGGCUGGAGCUUGGUAAGAUGAAGGUCAAGGAGAUGUUGACCGGUAGCGAUCACAGCGUGGUCGGAAUUCAUGGGAUUGGUGGCAUCGGCAAAACCACACUCGCUAGGGAAAUAUGCAAGGAUGAUCAGAUUAGAAGUCAUUUCAGGGUAUUUUUUCUGACUGUUUCUCAAUCUCCAAAUAUGGAGCAACUCAAGUCAAGAAUAAGGGAAAUAUUGUUAGGGAGGAGUAGCAUUGUCAACGACAACAGCAUGGAACUAAAAUUCGGAUUUGAGGUUGAAAGCAGUUCAAGAAUUCUAUUGGUUCUUGAUGAUGUGUGGAAACAAUCUGUUGUUGAACAGCUCCUGGUGAAAGCUCCAGGCUGCAAAAUCCUCGUUGUGUCGCGCCUCAACUUCCCGCCAUCGGUCGUCGACUGCUCGUACGAGCUCGAUCUGCUGUCGGAAAAUGAGGCCAUGUCUCUGUUCUGCCACUUCGCCUUCGGCCAAACUUCCUUACCUGUCGGUGCCGACGAGGACUUGAUCAAGCAGGUGGUAUCCGAAUGCGGAAGGCUUCCACUUGCAUUAAAAGUGAUCGGGGCAUCUUUAAAGGGUCAGCCGGAGAUGUCAUGGACGAGCGCCAAGAGCCGGCUAUCGCGAGGGCAGCCUCUAUGCGAGUCCCACGAGGUGCAACUGCUCGAACGCAUGAAAAUGAGCAUCGACAAUCUUUCCGAGACGGAGAGGAUGUGUUUCUUGGAUUUGGGGGCCUUCCCUGAAGACAAGAGAAUCCCUCUCCACAUCCUCAUCAGUAUGUGGGUCGAGCUUCACGACAUCCCCGAAGAAGAAGCCUUCGCCGUGUUAGUCCAGCUUUCGGACAAGAAUCUUCUUACACUAGUCAAAGAUUCUAGGUCUGGUGACAAAUACAGUAGUUACUACGAGAUAUAUGUUUACCAGCACGAUGUAUUGCGCGAUCUAGCGAUACAUCUGAGCAACGACGGUCCGGUCAAUUCACGGAGACGACUGUUGAUGCCGAGAAGAGAAGCCGGGCUUCCCAGAGAUUGGGAGAGGAAUUCAGAUGAGCCCUUCAACGCUCAAGUUAUAUCGAUACAUACAGGGGAAAUGGGAGAGAUGGACUGGCUAGAAAUAGAGUGCCCAAAAACAGAGGUGGUGGUUCUAAACUUCUCAUCUUCCCAGUACUUUCUCCCACCUUUUCUCGAGAGGAUGCCCCGGCUACGGGCCCUCAUACUCAUAAACCACAACGCCGGCAACGCCCUUCUUCACAACACCGCGGUGUUCAGCAACGUAACCAAUCUCCGAAGCCUCUGGUUCGAGAAAAUCUCCCUCCCGCUCCUCCCCGCCACCACAACUCCUCUCAAGAAGCUGCAGAAGGUCUCCUUAGUCCUCUGCGACAUCAAGACCGUUGAGCACUCGGUCCUCGGCCUCCCCUUCCUCUUCCCGAACCUGUCCGAGCUCACAUUGGACCACUGCAUCAAUCUCACCGAGCUCCCGGGCAGCAUCUGCGAGAUGCCCGCGCUCACGAGCCUCAGCGUGACCAACUGCGACAGCCUGCAGGCGCUGCCAGCCGAGCUGGGGCGGCUCGGGUCGCUGGAGAUCCUGAGGCUCUCCGCAUGCCCGAGCCUCAGGGGGCUCCCGGCCGGGGUCGGGAGCCUCGAGAGGCUUAAGUACCUCGACGUGUCGCAGUGUGUGAACAUGGGGUGCCUGCCGGAUAAAAUUGGGGGGUGCCGCAGCCUGGAGAAGAUCGACAUGAGGGAGUGCCCCCGGGUGAGGAGCGUGCCGGAGUCGGUCGCGUUCUUGCAUUCGCUGAGGCGGGUUGUGUGCGACGAGGAGGCGGCCGGGCUGUGGAAGCAGUUGGAGAAGGCGAGGCCGGGCUUGUGUCAAGUUCCGCAGGAAUGCUUUACGCUCGACUGGCUCGCGGAGUGAUGAAAUGGCGUUGCUAAAAAAAGAGACGGAAAUUAGCGACAAAAAUUAUCUGCUGAUAGUUUUUGACUUUCGUCGCCAAAGAUAUAUCGAGCGGUAAACACUGUUUUUAGUUCCAGAUCGGUCUCAAUUGAUGUAAAUAUCAAUAAUAUUUAUGCUUUACUCUCGACUAGGUCGUUGAGUGAAGAAAUGAGAUCACAUAAAAAAGACGGAAUUUAGUGACGGAAAUUAUCCGUUGUAUUUAUCGAGAGCGGUACUUCAUCUCAAUCUCAAUCUCGAUCUUGAUGUAAAUAUCAAUAAUGUAAAUUACAUUACUUUA